AUGUUAGUCACAACUUUUGAUGGUGGUCACAAUAACCUUUGUGAUUGUAAUAACCUUUGUGUUCAUAAUAAUCUUUGUGUUCGUAAUAACCUUUGUGUUCGUAAUAACCUUCAUGAUCGUUUUGUUUUCUUCUUUGAAUUGUAA